AUGGAAGACAACAAAAUCAAAGACGUCUCCGACGCAUUGCCUCCGUCAGACUCAUCCCUUGAGGAUGGAAAUGGCCUUUCUGAGCCUUCAAGCAAAGAACUGACAACUCAAUCCUUGCUAACCCUACUCGGCUGCGCAGGAGCAGCGUUUUGUUCUGUUGGCUUCAUCAAUGCAUUUGGCGUGUUCCAAGCAUAUUAUUCCGAGACUCUACUAUCAAACAAGUCAAACUCGGAUAUUGGAUGGAUAGGAGCAAUCAAUAAUUUUUUUCUCUUUGCGGGUUCGUUGGUGACAGGCCGAAUUCUCGACAUGUUCGGUGCCGUAGUCAUGCUCUGGCUCGGCUCUACUACAACUGUGUUUUCCAUUAUGAUGAUCUCUAUCUGCAAGGAAUACUGGCAAUUCAUUCUCGCGCAAGGCGUGCUUCUUGGUGUCGGCAACACUCUUUUAGUAUGUCCAGCUAUCGCUCUCGUCGGCCAAUCUUUCAAAAAGAAACUUGCGUUCGCUCUUGGAGUCACAAUUGCCGGCUCAUCCUUGGGAGGAGUCAUCUGGCCCGUCGUCGUGCACGCACUUUUGCAGAAACCCAGCAUCGGGUUCGGAUGGACUUUACGGAUUGCCGGCUUCAUCAUGAUCCCGAUUCUGAUAUUCUCGUGCAUGUUUUCUCGACCAGCAUUUGCAUCAAAAGAGAAUCGACAAGGUGGUAAUGAUAACGGGACGAAAACACCAAGGCAAACAUGGGACUGGUCAAUAGUAGCCAGGAAGCAGACACUCUUCACUGCCUGCAGAUUCUUCUUCAUCUAUUUCGGCAUGUUCAUGCCAUUUUUCUAUACCACGGAAUAUGCUCUGACGCAAGGGUUCUCGUCAAACUUAUCUUUCUACACCGUCUCCAUCAUCAAUGGCGCAUCUCUUUUCGGACGUAUUAUCCCAGGAAUGGUGGCCGACAAAUACGGAAGAUUCAACUUGUGUAUUGCAAUGACCACAUUUUCUGGAAUCAUCGCGUUGUGUUGGACGACUGUUACAUCGGUUGCUGGUAUAGUCAUAUUUGCGCUUGCUUAUGGAUUCACUUCUGGUGGUAUUCUGUCUUUACAACAAGCCUGCGCUGCGCAAAUCGCAAGUCCAACUACAAUCGGCACAGUUGUUGGCUUUAUAAUGGCAUCAACGUCUUUAUCUGCCUUAGCAAGCACGCCUAUUGGGGGUGCCUUGAUCGAAGACUAUGGCUAUCUAUCGUUGUCGAUUUACAGUGGCGUUAGCCUACUGUUUGGUGCUUCGGUGCUGUUGAUAGCCAAAUUGACACAGAAGCGUGAAUUGUUUGCUAUUGUUUAA